CAUGUAUCGUCUACUGCUGCUGCUUUUGGUGGGAACCAUCUCUGCCCAUGCCCAAGAACCAGAGGAUUGCCCUCAGGAUGACUCUAAUGAAAUAACAGAUCUAGAUGGUGUAGAGAAUAAUUGUGACAUGCCUGGUGCCCUGGAGACAACUCCUUUAGAUGAUUCCCAGUUGGAGCAAUGUGACAAUGUCACUGUACAAGUCAAAAAAGGAUCUGACCAUUCUUGUCCAGACAAAAGCAACUGUUACUAUCAAGCUUUCAACUGCCCAACAACCUUUGCAUGGGCUCAGCAUUCCUGCAGGUGCCGCAGUGGUAAACUGAGUUCAGUUCAUAAUUUGGGGGUCAAUAACCAGAUCAGAUGUGUUGCACAGAGAGCAUGUUCAAACCGACAUUAUGCAUGGAUCGGUGUAUGGAAACCCGGCAAUUCUUGUGCCUAUGUAAAUGCUGAUGGAAGCAGAGUAAACUACUCUAACUUUGCUUCUGGACAGCGUCGAACUUAUGGAACAUGGUGCGUGGCCAUGAAUUUGUCAAGUGGCCUUUGGUAUACUUUCAACUGUGACACCUCACUGCCCUUCAUCUGUACCAUCUAAGAGUGACAGAUCUAAUGAGGCUUCUGACCUUCGUCUCCAAUG